CCCCACCUCACGUCUGAAUCCCUCCUUGCCCACUUUCUCUUCGGCUUGCCCCCUCCUCACGCCCCUUGCCUCCAGUGUUUCCCCUCUGCAGCCCCAACCCCCGCACCUCCUGAUUCCGAGGGGCGGGAGCGCACGGGGCUGCGCAGGGGAGGGGGGCGCCGCGCCAGCUUCGCGUAGCUGUUCUGACGCCGCCGCCGCCGCCGCCGCCGCCCUCCGCAGCCUAGCCUGCGCCCGGCGGCAGCACCGCAGUGCACUAGUCACCGCCGCCGCUCCGCCAGUCCCUCUGCCCGCCGCCCGGUCCGGUCCCGAGCGAGCUUCGAACGCCAGCCGAGGGGGUCAUGAGCCAGAGAGCCCCGGGGCACAGCAGCGGGGACAGCGAGCGGAGAUAGCGGCCUCACCGUCCUGCCCCGCGUCCCCCGCAUCCCCAGCUCCUGUCCUUUCCUCUGGCCUCCCCGCCACCAUGGCCACCUUGCUCCGCAGCAAGCUGUCCAAUGUGGCUACAUCCGUGUCCAACAAAUCCCAAGCCAAGGUUAGCGGCAUGUUCGCCAGGAUGGGUUUUCAGGCGGCCACUGAUGAGGAGGCGGUGGGCUUCGCGCACUGCGACGACCUCGACUUUGAGCACCGUCAGGGCCUGCAGAUGGACAUACUGAAAGCCGAGGGUGAGCCCUGCGGGGACGAGGGUGCUGAGCCGCCCGUCGAGGGGGACAUCCAUUAUCAGCGCGGCAGCGGCGCUCCCCUGCCGCCCUCGGGAUCCAAGGACCAGGCGAUGGGAGCUGGUGGCGAGUUCGGAGGCCACGACAAGCCCAAGAUCACGGCGUGGGAGGCGGGCUGGAACGUGACCAACGCCAUUCAGGGCAUGUUCGUGCUGGGCCUACCCUACGCCAUCCUGCACGGCGGCUACCUGGGGUUGUUCCUCAUCAUCUUCGCUGCUGUGGUGUGCUGCUACACCGGUAAGAUCCUCAUAGCGUGCCUGUACGAGGAGAACGAGGACGGCGAGGUGGUGCGCGUGCGGGACUCGUAUGUGGCCAUAGCCAACGCUUGCUGCGCUCCGCGCUUCCCCACGCUGGGCGGCCGCGUGGUGAACGUGGCUCAAAUCAUCGAGCUGGUGAUGACAUGCAUCCUGUACGUGGUGGUGAGCGGCAACCUCAUGUACAACAGCUUCCCGGGGCUGCCUGUAUCGCAGAAGUCUUGGUCCAUCAUCGCCACAGCCGUGCUGCUGCCCUGCGCCUUCCUUAAGAACCUCAAGGCUGUGUCCAAGUUCAGUCUGCUGUGCACUCUGGCCCACUUCGUCAUCAACAUCCUGGUCAUAGCGUACUGUCUUUCGCGGGCGCGCGACUGGGCCUGGGAGAAGGUCAAAUUUUACAUCGAUGUCAAGAAGUUUCCCAUCUCCAUCGGCAUCAUCGUAUUCAGCUACACGUCGCAGAUCUUCCUGCCUUCGCUGGAGGGCAACAUGCAGCAGCCCAGCGAGUUCCACUGCAUGAUGAACUGGACGCACAUCGCCGCCUGCGUGCUCAAGGGCCUCUUCGCGCUCGUCGCCUACCUCACCUGGGCCGACGAGACCAAGGAGGUCAUAACGGAUAACCUGCCCGGCUCCAUCCGCGCGGUGGUCAACAUCUUUCUGGUGGCCAAGGCGCUGUUGUCCUACCCGCUGCCGUUCUUCGCUGCCGUCGAGGUGCUGGAGAAGUCGCUCUUCCAGGAAGGCAGCCGCGCCUUUUUCCCCGCCUGCUACGGCGGCGACGGGCGGUUGAAGUCGUGGGGGCUGACGCUGCGUUGCGCGCUCGUGGUCUUCACGCUGCUCAUGGCCAUCUACGUGCCGCACUUCGCGCUCCUCAUGGGCCUCACCGGCAGCCUCACGGGCGCCGGCCUCUGCUUCUUGCUGCCCAGCCUCUUCCACCUGCGCCUGCUCUGGCGCAAGCUGCUGUGGCACCAAGUCUUCUUCGACGUCGCCAUCUUCGUCAUCGGCGGCAUCUGCAGCGUGUCGGGCUUCGUGCACUCCCUCGAGGGCCUCAUCGAGGCCUACCGAACCAACGCGGAGGACUAGGGCGCAGGGGCCAGCCCCGGCCGCUCUCCGCGCUCUCUCCCUUCCCCCCGCCCCACCCUCAUCAGCCUCGUGCGCCCUGCUGCAGCGCUUGGGAAGCCAAGCUUUAAACAUCUCUGGGUCCUAGUUUCUGAUUAUUCGGGGAUGGGGGUGGGAGGGGUUAGGGAUUCACGACCCAUCGCGUCGGCGUUUCUGUUGUCCUUUCUUUUCCACAACACUCUGGUUGGGGGAGGGGAAGCGGGGCGUAUCUGUGGGCAGGGUUUUCUGCCCUCCUAGGAGAGGCCCUGACAAUUUGGUUCCAGUUACUGAGGGGGGUUAGAAGGGAGAGAGGGGGUCGCAGCUCGCAGGCGCAGAAACUUGACCUUGGGGGGACAUUUCAUAUCCAUCCAGUGCUGGGAAUCUACAGCGUCCAGCCGUUUCCAGCUAGAGCGCUUCCCAUUCUGGAGACGUUUCAACCCUGCAACCGGAAAGGCUGACCGCUAAAUCAAUUUCGGGUGGGCGAUUUCCUUCGACCAAGCCGGGAGGCGAUAAGCCGCGGCAGGGCCGGCUUGCCUGCAGGUUUUCAGGAAUCCAAAUUCAUCUUGUGCAAUUUAUCAGGUUGUGGAACUGUUCUACUGUGCGUGUGGUGUGCUCGUGGUGAAUACGAUGAAAUGUAUUAUCAGAAAAAAUCUAUCUCUAAUUUAGAGUGCGGUGCAUAAUUAUAUCCGCAAAUAAAGAAGAAACAAAGGC